AUGGUUAGGGUGGUCUUGAGGAGAGGAGUCGAACAGUAUAUUGGGCAUGCCGUGAGGAGUCGUCGGCAUCAGUCGGCGCUGUCGUUCAAAGCAGCGUCAGCCGAUGAUGCUGCUGACAACUCUCAGCACCCCUCGAUGCCGCAGAGUUGUCGAUCGACACAACCCCUUCAUUUUGGCACCACCCAAUUACCUGAAAAGAAAUAUAUAGACCAAACUACAGACACAAGUUUGGUCGUAACAAGACAAAAGGAGGGAAAGGGAAAGCCCUCGACACAGAAAUCAAUGAAGAAAAGAAGGGGAUUCUUGGCUCUUCCAAAACCACUUUUCUCCAAGGGCAUACAUAGAUUGAUGAAUCGACUCAAAAGAUUUUCUCAAAUGUUUGUUUUCAAGGAAGAAAUGGAGGAAAAGGAAAUGGAAAUAGGGUUGCCAACAGAUGUGAAGCAUGUAAGCCAUAUAGGAUUGGAUGGAUCAACUGCAAUCAAUCCAAUUCCAGAAUGGAAAAAUCGAAAAGCUCCUGAAAUACUUUCAUUUCCUUCAAUUUCUUUUGAACAAUUUGAACUCGCAAUGGCUGCCCAAUCUCAUGGCCAUUUAAGUACUACCACUGACUCAAAAUUUACCCCAAAUAACAAUUUGAAUUUACAAUUCUAG